AUGAGCCAGGCUGCCACCACCGCUUCUCUGGGGGAAGCAGCCCAGCCGCCGUCUACUACCACCACCACCACUACCCCCCACUAUGUGCGCUACGAUCCAGCCCGCGAGAACGAGUACGUCCCCGCGAUGCGCCAGCUGAUCUCCAAGGACCUGUCCGAGCCGUACAGUAUCUACGUGUACCGGUACUUCCUCUACCAAUGGGGGGAGUUAUGCUUCAUGGCCAUGGAUCCGGCGCAGGAGCAGCAGCUGAUCGGCGUCGUCGUGUCGAAGCUGGAACCGCACCGCGGCGGCCCGUUGAGAGGGUAUAUCGCCAUGCUGGCCGUGCGCGAGGAAUACAGAGGCAAGGGGAUCGCAACUAGGCUGGUCCGGAUGGCUAUUGAUGCCAUGAUUGAACGUGAUGCUGAUGAGAUUGUGCUGGAAACCGAAACGUCCAAUACGGCAGCCAUUAAACUGUACGAACGACUGGGCUUCCUGCGCAGCAAACGUUUGCAUCGGUACUACCUGAACGGCAACUCGGCCUACCGGCUUGUACUUUAUCUCAGGGAUGGCGUCGGGUCGAUGAGGACGGGCCUCGAUCUUAACGCGCCUCCGGUGCCUGCACUCCUAUCUCAAGGAUAUGGAAACGAGUAG